AUGUCACCGCAAGUGCAGCAGAUAGUAGGGAGGAUGCAUGAGGAAAGGGAGAAGCUGGUGUCUCGAUUUCGCGAACGAGAGCGAGAGAUAGAGUGCGAACGCACCGCAUUCGAAAAAGUGGAGAAAGAGUUAUGAUGAUUGAUGGUGUAUGAAGAAGCACUCUUAUAUAGAACAAGAAUUAGAGAAGCACACAGUACAGUUGAAGAUACGCACAUCAGAGUAGUCGCGGAUUUAUUUACGGCAUCGGGCUAAUGCGCAAGAAAAAAGACUUACAACCUACUCGUCCUGCAUUUGACUAUCGUGAUUCUCAUAAUCAUUAUCUUAAAAAUCAACUCUACUAAAGCUGUCAUUAUUUUUCUUCUUUUUUUUUUUUUUUUUUUUUUUCCUUUAAUCAAAUUGAUGCUUCUAGCACUAGUAUUGCCUAUCUAAUGAAGCUGGCAAUCUUUCGCGAGGCGUACCGUUUGCGCGAAGAGGAUGUGAGGAAGCUAAAUCUACGUGUAAGAGAAUUGGAAGGAGAAAACUCUGAGGCACGGAGAAGGAACCAGAGUAGGGAACUGCACGUGGAGGAGGCAACAUCUUCUAGUGGAGCAUCGAUUGUGAUGAAUCAGAAGAGUACUAGAGAACCACAUGUUGAGGAAGCAACUCCUUGUAGAAGGAAGCAGUCUUGGACGGCGAUUGAGGAAGCAAAAUCUUCUAGUCUAGCACCAAAUCGAAGUAACUUGUUGCCGAUGAAACGAGAGUCUAGGACAAUAUUCUCGGAUGAGGAGAUCUGGGGAAAGACGCGGAAGAAUGUUCUCAUCGCCGAGAAUUAUCAGGAGAGUCCACUUAUUAGGGGACAACAUGUUGAGGUCGGUAGAGGUUUUGUCGUUGGUAACCUUCAUUAAAGUUAGUUCCUUGUCGUCUACUAAAUAACUACUCGUCGGGGAAGCUGAUCAUCACCAUUUUUCUGUAAAUUAUGAAACUGAAGAUCGAGUGGCGGAGCACCAAGUCGAGUGUGCAGUAGAACUCAGUAGGUAGAAAUUGCAUGUGUUUGUUCUUUUUCUUAUAGUUCGGUACAAUCAACUGAGCACUGCUCCUGGGGGACUUCUAAUUUGUGCGAGCAGCAACUGGGAUCGUCAAAAGAAGGCAACAUGAGCGAUGGCCCUUCCACGAAGCUCCAAGAAGGUGAGGAGACUCACCAGACUGAUCUUCUCAAAGAUGAACCAGAUACGAACCUCCUCAUGAAGAACACCUUGGAAUUGACGCCGCAUGUGAGUCCUAGAUCCAACGACAGUCCUAGCGACAGUCCUCACGACAGCCCCCUCAACGACAGUCCCGUAAACCCGCGCGCACGCGUACCAAAUCAAACGACAUUUUUAUGACCCAGACUCUACUGGUAUUUCGUCACAUCUAAAUUUUUUGAAGGGUGGAAAUUGAUUUUCUUUGUGCAUGUAAAUUACAAUAAGAUUUUUACAAUGAAAAGUUGAUUCUCCUUGUGCAUCCAAAUUUGAUUAGGGUAACAACGACUACUACUACCGCUGGAAUAUAGGAUAUGAUUGGAAUUUGUACUGCUAGAGGACAUGAUUGGAAGUUUUGCAUACUUGUCAUUAAGAGCUUUCAUACUCUGGCCGCGAAAAGGAUCUCAAGCGCUCAUGGGGCUCACGGGAAAAUACAAACGAUCGAGCAGUAAUGAAUUUACGGCGUUGUUUUCUACAUUUGAUGCAACUUGCAUCUUGAAGAUCGGUGUUUCAGGGUGACUGUUCUUGUACUAGGUAGGACAGGCUCCAAUAGAGAAUGUGAAAGAAGAUGAAGAAUGUUCUUGUAAUGUAGGUAGAAGAUCAAGAAUGUCAAUGUUCUUGUGGGUAUACUCAGUCCUAAACACGUACACCAAUUUAACAAGUAGCUCUACUUCUAAACAAGGUGGAUGAUCUUCAGGAUGUUCUUGGGUCCGCUGCUCCCAGCAAUCAUGCUUCCGUAAAGAGAGAGUACGUGGACUACCUUGAAAGGGAGUUUCGUCGUUUGCAGGCACAUUGUGAAAAUCUGGAACUACAACUGGGACAUCGUCUCGACAAACAGCACGCUUUUGUUAUGGCUUCCGCAUGUUCAUGGAUGGGAAUGCUUGUGAUCACAAUACCUUUCGAUUAAAGGAGAGUGUUGCAAAUGGAAGAAAAUGUUGCGCAUCUACUCCAAAAUAGUAGUUUCUAAAACAGGAGAUUCUACUACUUGUAUCUCCCAUGUGUAGGAGCAUCACUGAAGUACCCUAAGAACAAACUGCCCUACUUUGUAAAGUGUUUCUAUCCUCCCGUGGAGUCAUGCUUCUAAGUUUCCUAGCAAAGACGUCGACACGCAUCGAGCUCAAGUGCAGAGCAUUCGAGACCUCAUCUUCGGCAAAACGUAA